CAGUUUUGGCGGGAGGGGCGCGAGCCGCGCUCGGGCCGAAGCUGACGCCACUUUCCGCGCUGGGAGGCUCCGUCUGGGGCCAAGCUAAGCCUCUGCCCCGCCCGGGAAGGAAGAGAGCAGGACUUCUUGAGAGGAAAUGCCAAGGGUCUUGCGUUAGCCUUGUCGAGAGGAGGAGGAGGAGGAGAGGGGCGUUUAAGCUCUUUAUUACUGGGAGGAAGAGAGCUUGGCAGAUGUCCCAAGCGAGAGAACCUCUUCCUUCAGGGCCUGAAGGGCCAGAGCGCGCAGCUCCGGCUGAAAACAGCUUUUUGAUCUCGCUCCCUCGAGAAAAAUGUGAUAGAGGAAGAACAGCGCUAGGAGAGAGAGAGAUCAGAGAACCUUCAAAUAACCCAAAUAUACAAGUAGAUACAGAGGACCAGCCUGUCUGGGGGAAUUGCACUGGUGAUGACCUCAUCGGAACACAACCUCAGCGUUUGCCACAACCAAAUGCUUCACCACUGGAAAAGUGUAAGGAAGAAACAGGCAAAAUACAAAUACAAAAUGGCCAUACCAGGCUGAGUAACGCAAGUGGGAUGCACAAUGGAGUCAAGUGUGGGGCACCAGAUAGCAGAAAGUUCUCGGCACCUGUUUCCCAAAAAAUGCACAGAAAAAUUCAAUCCAGCUUGUCUGUCAACAGUGGAAGCAGCAAGAAGAGCUCUGCAUACUCUCACAAGCCAGGCUCUUCACCCGAAGAUUGCUGUGUUCACUGUAUCUUGUCCUGCUUGUUCUGCGAAUUCGUCACCCUCUGUAGCCUUGUCCUGGGACAAGCGUCAUGUGGGGUCUGCCCAAUAGAAGCCUGCUGUUGCUGCUGUGGAGAAGAAAUGGGAGAUGACUGCAACUGCCCGUGUGAUAUGGACUGUGGCAUAAUGGAUGCCUGUUGUGAAUCAUCAGACUGUUUGGAAAUUUGUAUGGAAUGCUGUGGGAUUUGUUUCCCAUCAUGAUAACUUUUUAUCACUUUUUUCUGCUUUCUUAAAAAACAUCAACAACGUAACUGGAGAGGGUUCAAGUUUUUGUGUGUUUCUCUGAAAUAAAACAACAACCGCUUUCAAAGGACACAUUUAGACACUCUUGCAGCAACCUGGUUUUCUGCACUGUUAGCUUGAUUUUAUAAACAAUUGUUGAAGAAAAGCAAA